AUGGUUCUCCAGAAUAUGUUCAGUGCGCUUUCAUUUUUGCAUUAUCGCAAGGACGACGAUUUUGUCGAUCGACUCUCCUAUUUCUACACGUCCUCGUUUCUUAUCAUGAUGGCCGUUCUAGUCAGUUUCAAACAGUUUGGUGGACGUCCUUUGGAGUGUUGGGUGCCCGCACAAUUUACUAGCUCAUGGGAGGCAUAUACGGAGAUGUAUUGUUGGGCACAAAACACUUACUGGGUACCCAUUGAACAGGAUAUUCCAGUUGAUAUUGCUGAACGUGAAUAUCGGCAGAUUUCCUACUACCAAUGGGUACCGUUCUUUCUUCUCAUCCAAGCCUUCCUUUACUACAUUCCCUGCCUGAUGUGGCGUUUAAUGAGUGAUAAAUCAGGCAUUCGACUGAAUGAUAUUGUUCAGUUGGCAACCGAAAAGGAGAAUAUCGAGCCGGAUUACAGGAUACGAACCAUUGAGUCACUCUCAAGACACAUCGAAUCUGCUCUUAGGUAUCAACACACUGCCACUUCACGGACCCAAUACACUCUCCACAGGGUCUUCAAAUGUUUUAAUCUUCGUUACUACGAGAGUUAUGUGACUGGACUUUAUCUUUGCGUUUUGGUGAUAAAUAUAUUCAAUGAAAAAAUUUUCAUUCUUAUUUGGUUAUGGUUUUCGUUGUUGUUCGUUGCUGCCACUUUAGAUGCGAUGUAUUGGUUUAGUAUAUCACUAUUUCACAGGGAUCGAUUCCGAUUUGUUUUACGGCAUUUGGAGUUGACAUCCGAUCCGGAUAGGCCAGAGCUUUUCCGAAAAGAGAAAAGGAAGCAAGUGGAACACUUCCUCAGGACUUACCUUAAGGUUGAUGGUGUGCUCGUUCUGCGUAUGAUUGCACUGCAUGCCGGCGUUAUGUACUGUACAGAGAUUACCGAUGCCCUCUGGAAACGCUACUUAUCACAACAUCCUGAAAAUCUGAUCGAUGAAGACUCGUCACUGAUCAAUUUUGCCAGGACGCAGUCGAUCAAAAGGAAAAAGGUCAACUCGUCUGGCGGCGACAGCGCAGGUGGUAGUCCUCACACCAGUAACACCAGACGUCUCUCAAGAUUUCUCACAACUCGAAGUCAAUCUUCCUUACGUUUGUAUCGUGGUCAAGUGGCUAAUCGUUCGCUUAACACGAAUCGUGCACCACCACCAUCACACCCCUAUCGUAGCACCGAAUCGCAGCAUGCAUCUGGUGAGCAAAGUCCCACUUCACUCACAAAACGAACAAUUGUAACGAUCACGUCACCGUCUCAAGACGAGUCGUCUAUCGACUUGGAACGCAAUAUCGAGCCGCAGCAGCAUCAGCCACCACGUCAACCAACACAGCAGCAAUCCGGCGUAUCACCACUGAUCAUAUGA